GGAAGGCGUGUUCAACGGGCGAGGCGGAAGCGUGAUCAGCGAGAGAGGGAGCGAAGAUAGUCGGUAUUUUCAGAUGGAUUCUCUGCCGGAGAUCUUCCAGCCGCAACAGCAAUGGUUUGUCGCCUCCAACAACCCAUCUCUUCCCCCCAGGACCCGAAGGAGAACGGGGCGGGACCUCAGAGAAGUAUCCACUCCAUCACUUUCAUCCAGAAGACCGCACUUUUUAGAGCUCAUCGUUCAAAACAAAUUUCCGAUGGUAGCAGCGGGAUGAGCCGGGAGGAGCAGAAACGGAGUGCGUGCGACCGGGAACGAAGUCGCAUGCGCGACAUGAACAAGGCCUUCGACCGCCUGCGGGAGAGGCUGCCUGCCAGGAAACCCCCGGGCAAGAAGCUCUCCAAGAUCGAGUCUCUCAGGCUAGCUAUUGCCUAUAUCAAUGAUCUAGCAGCGCUGUUGUCCUGCGGCGCUCAGUCUUGGGCCCCUGCCCCCAACUACUACACCUGGAUGCGACAGAUGAGAGAGGAUAUUCAACCACAGGAACAGAACCAGAACUGGGUCGUCAUGGAAACGGGGGAAUGGACCGAGUGGCAACAACGGCCUUUCACCGGAAUCCAGUGAGGAGACAGAUCAAAAGAAUCAAAGGACAGAAAAAGAUUUUUUUUUUCCAAUCUUUUCUGAGUGCAUCUCUUUUGUUUGUAUUCAAUCUCUUUUGAGUGAGAAGAACUGAAUGAAUUCCAAUUAAGAAUCUAAAUAAAAUAAAAAAAAUUGUCUGCCUUAA